ACAUAUUUGAUAUUAUUAAAAAAAUUGACUUUAUAGAAUUAUCGUUGAAAAUGUUUGUACUUUAUAAUACCGACUACCGACAUUAACAAGGAAAUGCAAUAAUUAUUAAAAAUUACAAUGAUAAUAACUUAAAAUUGUAGAGUUGAAUAAGUAGAAAAAUGUUACGCGUAGAUCAAUCUUAUAAUCCUGCAGAACAGGUGACCAACAUAUUAAAUGAAGCUGCUGUAGCUGCGGAUGACAAAAAACUUGAACUGUUGUUCAAAGCAAAGGAAAUAAUAGUGUACCAAGAACCAAAAUUAUUGCCACAAUUUAUUGAUGAUGUUAUUGCUUACCAAAACAAUCACAGUACACCAGUUCGAAAAUUCGUUGUGGGCUUUAUUGAAGAAUGCUGUAAUAAAGAAAAAUCUAACGUAUGUAUUACUUUACCAAAUUUACUCGUUCUACUGAAGGAUCGUUCUCAUAUUGUCCAGAAAAGAGUAAUUCAAGCCGCUUGUGUUGUUUAUCGCACUGGUCUACAAUGGAUAUCAAUGACAGAUUUGCCUAGUUCUGAUAUAGCCAAUGUUUGGCAAGAUCUAUCUAACUUGAAAUCUUAUGCUAUUAAUAUGGUCGACAAUGAUAAUGAAGGCAUCCGCACACAAGUAAUUAAAUUCAUGGAAAUGGUUAUCCUAGUACAAACCUACAAAUGUGAAGGAGGUGUUGAUAUAAAACACGAUAUGUCAUUAGAAGACAUACCUUUAACUCUUAAAGUUACACGAAGAAGAAGACUCGAGGAUGAAGCCAAAGUGGUAUUUGACCUUCUUUCACGAUUUGUUCAUUCUGGUAAUGUUUGUUGCGCCAACUUAAUUACCUGUAUGAGAUCAUUAAUAGUGAUAGCAAAAUUACGUGUUUCAUUCAUUGGAAAAGUAUUAGUGGUGUUAGAAACUCUACCUAAAAACAUGCCAAGUUCUUUAACUACAAGUCAAUCAAUUUCUGUGAACAAAAAUUUAAAGCAACAGUUGUUGAGUUUAUUACGAAUUCCUGCUUCAACAGAACACCAACAAACUAUUGGGAAAAUUUUGUUGGAUAUUGGUGCUACUAACCAAGAAAUUAUUAAAGCUCUUCAAGUAUUAUCAAAAAAUGAAGAUAGUAAAAAAUUACUACGCUCAUUAAAACGCAAAAAUGAUGAUAAAGAAGAUCGUAAAUUAGAUAAAGAGGAUAUUCCAGAUAAAAAAAGGUGUACUGAAAGUUUAGUAAAACUUGACCCAGAAUUAGUUAAAACAUGGAUUCUCGAAAGAUUUUCCUCACAAACUGUUGCUGAACUAGUUAUGGCUUUCAUGGUUAAAUUACCAUCAAAAAUGCCAUCUUCUUUUCAGUCAAAUUAUACUCCAAUAUCUGCUGCUGGUACUGAUAGCCAGAUUAAACAUUUAGCUGAGAUUUUGACUGCUCAGGUAUGUUCCUCGAAUGUUCCUAUACCCGAGUUAAAUACAUGCAAACUACACGAUACUGAAGCAUCGGAGAUUAUUAAGGAAGGAAUUAUUAAAAAUAAUGAUAAUGAAGAAAAUAUGUUUUUGUCUAUGCCUGCUGAAUUAAAUGUAAAAAUGUAUCGCAUCGACUCCACUGAAGCGGAAAAACUCGCACAUGACGCUUUAUUAAGGAUUUUGGGAACAGGCAAACUUGUAAUGUCAAAAACAUGUAAGGAGAUACGCCUUAAAGCCAUAUCUCGAAUGGCAGUCAUGUGUAAUGAUGAUUUUCGUAAUACUAUACUUGAUUAUAUUGAACUGGAUAUGGCAAACAAUUUAAAUUUAUGUUUAUCGUGGUUGUACGAAGAGUACAGUAUGAACCAAGGUUUCACUAAGCUACCUACAAUGUUUAGAAAUUCAUUGUCAUCUGAACAGAAUUAUAAUACAGUUUUGUGUUCAUUAAUCAGAGCUGCUUUAAAUAUUGAAAACCUUAAAGAAAAAGAAGAUAUUCUAACUGCUCUUUACAUAGAAAGUCCAAAUAUCACUGAUGAUGCUGUUGACAUUUUGAAAGAUAUAUGUAGUAAACAUACUUUUGGUCUUUAUAUCCUCAAUGAACUAGUGACAAAAAGACCACCAAGACAACUAGUAUAUUUAAAUGCUCUUCUAUUUUACACAUCACACAAUGAUAUUGAAUUACGUCAAAUUGCAUUGAAUUAUACUAGCAAGCUUUACAAGAACAAUGAUCUUAAAAAUAUUAUCGAAGAAUAUGCUACUUUUUAUUUGGGUUUCCUAAGAUUACCUCAACCACCAGAUGUACUCUUUGGUCAAGAAAGUGGUCGUCUCAUUAAAUCUGAAAUUUGGGACGAUGACUCAACAACAGCGUGCUUAUACCUAUACUUUAUGCUUACUGCAAAUAACUAUGAAUUGAUUCACGAGUUAGCAUCGGUGUUCGUUCAUGCAAAAGGAGAAGUGAAACGUUCAAUCAUAAAACUUUUGCCACAGCCUAUUCAAAAUAUGCCUAUGAAUUCGCCAGAAAUGUUUAGACUCCUUGAAGACAUUCCUAAAGGUGCUGAAACAAUGGUACUUCGAGUAUUACAUAUUGCUACUGAAAAAGAAAUUCCUUCAAUUGAAUUAGUCUCCAAGGUGAAGAAAUUAUAUGACAACCAGUUGGUGGAAGUACGGUUCUUAGUACCAAUUAUGUCCGGGUUAGACAAAAAAUACAUUUUAAAUGUUUUGCCACAGUUGAUAAAACUCAAUCCAAAUGUAGUAAAAGAGGUAUUUAAUAGAAUAUUGGGAAUAAAUACUUCAAAUUCCAAUACUAAUCCUUCAGUGAGCCCUGCUGAACUGUUAAUAGCAUUGCACACAAUGGACACAGAUCCCAACGAUCUCAAAUUCAUUAUUAAAGCUACAUCGCUAUGUUUUGCUGAAAAGUCCGUGUUUACACAAGAAGUUUUGGCAAUUGUAAUGCAGAAUCUUAUGGAAGUAAACCCUUUACCGACUUUAUUGAUGAGAACAGUUAUACAGUCUCUAUCUACUUACCCUCGAUUAAUUGGCUUUAUAAUGAAUAUACUUCAAAGGCUUAUUUUAAAAAAAGUUUGGUAUCAAAAAACCCAGUGGGAAGGAUUUAUUAAAUGUUGUCAAAAAACCAAACCCAAUAGUUUUCAAGUACUAUUACAGUUGCCACCAGAACAACUUGAAAAUGUACUAAGUACAUGUCCAGAAUUAAGACGGCCUAUAUUAGAUCACGUUCUUAGCUUCACCGAAGUGCAACGUUCCCACAUUCGCCAAGCAACAAUGGAUAUAAUAUUUGGUAAAGGACUGGAUGUACCACUGUAUCAAGAGGUCAAGGUAAAACCAGAACCGGCUGAUAAGUCAUCUACGCAAUCUGUUCAUUUUAUUACUCCUGCUACUUCCAAUACUACUACUGCUAAGAAACUACCACAAAAGCUAACAUCGGAAACACUAUCUAAUUUGAGAGAAGAAGAACUUAGACCUCCAGGCGAAGGAGACGACGACCCAAUGCAGGAUAUUUGAUUUGAAAAUUACACUAAAUAGUUUUAGCACUUUCAUCUGAAAAAUUCGUUUUAUUAUACAAUUAUACAAUGUAGUUCAUAAUUAAAAGCUUAAACAUUUUGUUUAUA